AUGGCAAAGUUGAAACAUCUCAUCAGCUGCAAGGCUCUAACAAAGCCACCAAAGGACCAGAAGCCACCACCAUUCACAGGAGGUUGUGUCGUCUUCAGGGAUGUUAUACAAGAAGGAAUCACAGUAGGAAGGCUAAAACUGGCAGAGAAACCCCCCUUAAAGAUAGGCAGACUAACGACAGAAGCCAGUACCAUCAGAAGCAAAAGAGUCACAAGGGAGGCUAAUCAAAGGCCAAAGGCAACCAUCUCGGCUGGGUUGGUUAUGUGCAGCAAGUGCAAGUGUGAAAGUGAGUUAGAAGUGACUCUGGACAGGCAGAGUCAGCCCACACCUAGCUUUUUUUACAGGAUUGGAACAUCAUACCAACAGGGCCCAGUUUCGACUCCAUCUAAAGGCGGAGUCAGACAAAAGGACUAUCUAAGGCCUGCCCAACGUAGCAGAAGAAUGACAGAGCAGCCAAAGAAGGAAAUACCAAUUAAGAUGCUUGGAAAUGACAAGCCAUUGUCAACUAUCAUAGUAGACCAACUUUGGAAUUAA